AGCCGGGCGCCGGCGCUGGCUCUCCAGCUGUUUGUAGGCCCCGGGUGAGGGUCCGAGGAAAGCAGAGCAGUCGCGGCACCUCCCGCGCACCCCGGUCGGCCGCCCGGUCCCGCCCGCCCCGCUGUCCCGUCAGCCCCCGGCGUCCCGGCCGGCGCCUCCCAGGCUGCUGCGGGCGCUCUGACUGACAGGCACAGCCCUCGCAGCUGGCGACGUCCGCCACGUCCCCGGGCUCGGCCGCCGACCCCGCGCGGCGGUGACCUUUCCGAGCCCCUGGCGAUGCGGGCUCCUCGGAGCCGCCGGCCCCGACUCGCGCCGCUCUCGCCGCUGCUGUGGCUCCUGCUGCUGGCGGCCUUGGGGCCGGCGCGCGGCUGGGAGAGCGGAGACCUGGAGUUGUUCGACUUGGUGGAGGAGGUGCAGCUCAACUUCUACCACUUCCUCGGGCUGCAGCAGGAUGCUUCAUCUACAGACAUCAGAAAAGCAUAUCGUAAGCUUUCACUAACUUUACAUCCAGACAAGAAUAAAGAUGAAAAUGCAGAAACUCAGUUUAGACAAUUGGUGGCCAUAUAUGAAGUUUUAAAGGAUGAUGAACGAAGGCAGAGGUAUGAUGAUAUUCUGAUCAACGGACUUCCAGAUUGGCGACAGCCUGUGUUCUACUACAGGCGGGUGAGAAAAAUGAGCAAUGCUGAGCUGGCAUUACUCUUGUUCAUUAUUCUCACAGUGGGUCAUUAUGCUGUGGUUUGGUCAAUCUACCUGGAAAAACAACUGGAUGAACUGCUUAGUAGAAAAAAGAGAGAAAAGAAGAAAAGGACAGGAGGCAAGAGUGUGGAUGUAUCAAAACUUGGAGCUUCAGAAAAAAAUGAAAGAUUGCUGAUAAAACCACAGUGGCAUGAUUUGCUUCCUUGCAAACUGGGAAUUUGGUUUUGCCUUACACUAAAAGCAUUGCCUCAUCUGCUGCAGGAUGCUGGGCAGUUUUACGCUAAAUAUAAAGAAACAAAAUUAAAGGAAAAAGAAGAUGCACUGACUAGAACUGAACUUGAAACGCUUCAAAAACAGAAGAAAGUUAAAGUUAAAAAGCCAAAACCUGAAUUUCCUGUAUACACACCUUUAGAAAGUGCAUAUAUCCAGUCUUAUGAUCAUGGAACUUCCAUAGAGGAAAUUGAGGAGCAAAUGGAUGAUUGGCUAGAAAACAGGAACAGAACACAGAAAAAGCAGGCACCUGAAUGGACAGAAGAGGACCUUAGCCAGCUGACAAGAAGUAUGGUUAAGUUCCCAGGAGGGACCCCAGGUCGAUGGGAAAAGAUUGCCCAUGAAUUGGGUCGAUCCGUGACAGAUGUGACAGCAAAAGCCAAGCAGCUGAAGGACUCUGUUACCUGCUCCCCAGGGAUGGUCAGGCUGUCGGAGCUCAGGUCCUCGGCCCAGACGCCCAGGCCCGCGAAGGCAGCUUUGGCCCUGCCCGACGCCAUCGUCACGCCGCGAGAGGAGGACGCAGCGCGGGAGCCCGAGGCCCGGGUGCGGCGGCGGCGGCCGGAGGAGAAGGCGCGCGGGCGGCGGCAGAGGGACUUCGAGGAGGCGGCGCGGGCCGAGUCCAGCGAGGACGACGAGGACGGGGAGGCGGCUCGGCGGGCCGGGCCGUGGACGCAGGCCCAGCAGCGGCUCCUGGAGCUGGCGCUGCAGCAGUACCCGCGCGGGGCCGCCGACCGCUGGGACCGGAUCGCGCGCUGCGUCCCCGACAAGAGCAAGGAGGACUGCAUCGCCCGCUACCGGCAGCUGGUGGAGCUGGUGCAGAAGAGGAAACAAGCAAAAAGCUGAGCGGAGACCUCGGCCGCCGUCGUUCUCCGAAAGGACCGUUGCAAAGAUCCUGCGCACAACUUGCGCUCUGUACCAACGUGUUUGCACACGCCACGUGCCUUAUAAAGAAAUGAGCCCCAA